AUGUACCGAGAUCUUCAGAAGAGGGCUGGUGUCCUUGCCAUUCUCGCGUCAGGGGUGUUUGCGGCUACGUCUACUGGGCCCUGUGCUCAAAUCGCCAAAUCAUACGCAUCUAAUCAAGACCCGAACGUAUCAGCAGACCUUGCUUUGGGAUGUUUAAUGUCCAUGCCAUUUGAUUCAAAAGCUGCUGUUACAUGGAUCGACGAGUACACGAAAUACCUCCAAUUUCAAUCCGACCUGGAAAUUCUUGAAAACUCCCCAGCUACAUACCCAUCAACUAAUGUUGAUUUGCUGGGUGGACUUCAAUCCAUUCGAACAAAAGCCAUCAGCGGAACUUACAAGUCUCAGUAUCAGUUCGACGAAUCUAUUCAGGAUCUCAUCACUUCUGCGAACGAUGGCCACUUGUGGGUUGACACUUGCUCAACGUCAGCCUUUGUUUUCUACACAGAUGUUGGCGGCAUUGCUUCAAUUUCCGCAGACGGUUCUUCCCCUCCCUCGCUCUAUGUUGGCGUGGAUGCAGUUCGGUUGGCCAAGGGAUUGACUGCUCCAAUGUCACCUCUAGCGUACAUUAAUAACAUUGGAGCUGCCCAAGCCCUCGAAAGCUUGUCCGUUUACCAAAACCUCCAAGAUCCCGACGCCCGCUACAACGCCAUGGUCAACAACCUCGUCAUUGAUGGGCAAGGAAAUUCAUUAGGUGGGCUUUUUGCCCAAGACACAGUGUGGCGCGGGGCUGAGUUCUACAACUUUACCUUUGCUAAUGGUACCUCACAACAAUACACGGUGCAAGCCCAGAUCCGAAAUCCGGCACAGCCAUUCAACUUUACUGAUGGCAACGAGCUUUACACCUUUAUUUGCACCUCUACGCAAUCCAGUACAACGACAUCCAAAAGAUCAACGGUGGUGGCGCGAGUCGAUACAAGCUCGUCAACCCCUUCAGCACCUGCUUUAUACCCUGUUCCGGUGAUGAAAGAGGCCUACAAUACCAUCGUCGGAUACUAUCCAGAUGACGCUGGUCUCGAAGACGUUGCAGUACUUGGUGUACCGACCUUCGAAACUUCCGGUAGUAAUUUGCCUGAUGAUGUGUUAUAUAACUUUGCCAUCACCGCGGAAUGGUUUGUGCAGAACGCAACCCAAAAGGACGGCAAAAAGAAGAUCAUUAUUGAUAUGCAGAAUAACGGAGGCGGAGUAGUCGUAUCUGGUUAUGCUCUUCUCAGUGUCUUUUUCCCAAAUGAGACCAUCUACUCUGGUACCAGAUUCCGUGCACAUGAAGCAAUGGACUUUAUUGGAACCAUCUUCAAUUAUGGCAACAACUCGGACAAUUCGACGGUGAGCCGUUAUGGGUUGGCUGUUAAUGCAUUAGUACAGCCUGAUCAAACAUCAACAUUCCAGAAUUGGGAUGAAGUAUACGGUCCUUACACUGAAGCCGGCAUUCCUGUAUCUGCUUUGAUGGCUGAGUUCAACUUUGCGGAUGAAGCCAAUCCGGUUAGCAAUCCCAUCAACAUUGAUGGCGAAGGUGGCGAACUCAACGCCCGAACACCCCCAUUCGCACCUGAAAAUAUCAUAAUCCUUACAGACGGUCGUUGCUCGUCUACUUGCACUGUUUUUGUUGACCACAUGGUCUCAAAGGGUGUCAAGACAGUUGCAGUUGGAGGCCGGCCGCGAGCUGGAGUGAUGCAGGCUAUCGGUGGUGUCAAGGGUUCUGAAGUUCUUGGCCUUACAGAUGUUGAGAGCAUGGCAACAACAGCAGCAUCAUUGCUUGCCGACUCUAUUUCAUCUGGAUCUCCUAUUUUGGGUGAUAAGAACCAAGCUCGCUUUAGUGAAGUUAAUCCCAUUCCCCUGACCAAGUUCCCUAUGCCAAUCAGCGGUUCCAUCAAUUAUCUCAAUACAUAUACUGCCUAUGACGACACUACACCUACACAAUUUACGUAUGAGGCAGCUAAUUGCCAUAUUUUCUAUACUGCAGAGACUCUGUACAAGCCUUCAACAACUUGGGCCCUGGCAGCCAAUUCAACAUGGGGCUCCGCCCAGUGUGUUGGUGGCAUCCAAGCUAAUACCGACCUUGGUGAAUAUGACGAGAACAACGAAACGACAACGUCUACCUCUUCGGGCCUAAGCACCGCCCUCGGCUUGCUGUUAGCGCUCGGAUCUGGAUUGUCAUAA